AUGACAGAGCUGAACCUUUCUCCUGCUUGUUUUACAAAGUACAACGAGCAGACCCAAAGCAAUCUAUUCUCAAUCCUCCCCCCAGAGAUUCGCUAUGUGAUCUUCGCCUACUCUUUGACAAGCGCCCCAGAUACCACGCAACUACCUGGGCAAUAUGGAUACUGCACCCGACCAGGGUAUGAGACCCGCCAUCGGACUUACACAGAAUUGCUCCGAACUUGCAAGAAGGUUUAUAUGGAGGCAUGGUUUAUGCCUUUCAUCUGUUCGGAGCAUGCAUUCUGGAUGGCCGUCCAGGAUCGCACUCCUGGGCGAAUGAUUACGGUCAAGGAAAUGCAAACAGGCCUAGAUUUGAUUUAUGAUCGACAUGGCGAAGUGCGGGGCGGCCAUAUUCGAGUGUUUCCUCAGCUAUGGAAGCUCGAGAGCACCAGAGACUUCGAUGGAAUCUUUCAGAUGCGUCAUUUUUAUCCCCAGUCCGUCACGAUCACUGUCCGAUACACCGACACCUGGAUGUGGGAAGAAAACGAGGAGUUGCACAUCGAAGGAGCCUGGGGGAAACGACUCGUACUGCCCUCUAGCGUCACCAGGUUUUAUAUCGAUAUUGAAAGCAUCGAGCGACGCAAAGAUGAAGUGAACUACAUUGCGGGCGAAAUGGCCGACAAAUGGCGAUUCCAACGAGCUGACGGCACCAACAUGCUCGCAGCCAAGGCUGAUACUUCGGUUUCUAGAUGGACAGGAAGUUCCAUGCUUGGCAAACGGCGCUGGGUACGUGAUGAGGUGGCGCCAGGUCAGCUUCAGUACUAUUUUGCGACUGUGACCUGGCGGCCCUCGCAAGAGCGCUUGGAUGAUCAGGAACGUUUGAAUCCCCCUCUCCGAGUCAACUGGAGCCGCCCAUUACCUCGGGAUUUUGGUUUCAAAUAUAUCAAUGAAUCAUACUUGGAGAAAGCAGGGAUACCCAUGACAGUUCCUACUGAGGAAGUGGUUGCUAAAUACAUCGCUGAUGGGUAUGGAGUUAAUCGCAUUAGAAGGAGUGAACUGGAUCCACAUGGGUUUGAGGAUGACUCCGAUGAGGAGUCCGAUGAGGACUUCGACGAGGACUCCGACGAGGAUUCUUAA